CAUACUUGUUUCGGUGUCCCGACGGGGUGACAAACGAUGUAUUGGACAAAUGGAAUUUGAGCGAGGCCAACCCCGAGGAUGAACCAUGAGUGAUUUCCCUGUCACGUGGUAAACGCAUAAUUAGCCAACUGCAAAUCAAUCGUUGCCUAAACCAACCGUAGUUAAAACAAUACAUGCGCACUGAAAUAUAACCUGGGCUGGCUUGGUUCUUAAACGGCGGCUCACAGAACCGCAGUGGUGCUUGCCUUCCUGCACUGAACACCCCUGCAGGUGCCGACUUAAAGCGGCACACCGAGUCUAAAGGCUCAGUAAGGUGACUCCGGUACCGGUUGGAUAUUUUACGUGACUCAUUGCUUCAGGGUUUGGUAAAAUGUGUGAGUCCGUGUGCCAUUCCCUCAGGUUGUUGGUGUGCUCAUGAUGUAGGCCGGUGGUAAUCCUGUUGGAGAAAAGAAAGCAAAACAGCCAAAUUCAAAGGAACGAGGCUUCCAUAAUUCAUGUGCCCCUUAGUGUCUACUGGGCAAGAUGAGUACAGACAGACCCAAACGGAAUAUCAUCAAGAAAAAAUAUGACAUCAGUGAUGGGAUGCCAUGGUGUGAAGAACGUCUGGUCCGGAAAGUUCUUUUCCUGUCCCUCAGGGAAUUCAGAGACACACACCGCACCACACACAAUCACUCACACAUUCACACACGCACACACACACACAAACGCGUGUCAAAAAAUACACUUUUACUGCAAAAGACGCAGACACUACCUAACACGCACAGACAAAAAAGCAUACAGACAAGACAGAGUGUGCACACGUCACAACAAAAAGUCACACACAGACCACAGAAUGUACACACACGAAAAAACACACACAGUGCACAAACUAUGCACAUGUCCAAACACCUACGCCCUCAUGAACACAACAACAAAGGACAAAAAACAAACUUGUCUCAGGACUCGCACACACCAAAAAAUAAAUGUACUCACACACUACAGAACAUGCAAGUAAAAUCAAAAAUGUGUACAGGGAAAAUUACACACACUGAACAGCACACACACCUACAAGAAAAUACACACAUGUUCCUGAAGAAGUCUGUAUCAACCAGGACACGCUCACAGAAAUCACAAAAUAGACUGUCGCUGCUGAACUCGACAUAUAUAGAAACUGCAAAACACAUGCAUAGUACUCAAAACAAACACUCAGUGAGAAACACACAGACACUGCUGAGCACUCCUGUCCCGUCCAGGACACUGAGGUCACACACUCCCACAAGCCUCAGUGGUCAGUACCAUCAAUACUCCUCCUCUGUUAGUAAUUAAGUAGUACUGCCGCUACUGUAGAAGUUCCUUCUAAAGAUAAUUCCAGAUAGUUACCUGCUCUUAUUUUAAUUUUUUUUAUAAAUCAGUAAUCACAGCCUUGUACUCACUAAGUUUGAGAUAUGGGAACAUCGUGGCAUAACUAAAAAGAGUCUGACGUGACAUAAAACAUGACGUGUCAGAUAGGUUGGAAACUAGGCAACGGUUUAUCCAAACUAUCCAAACCACUUUACUUGGAGGUCAAACAGAAAGUGAACAUACUUGUAAUUUCACUAAGAAUUCCUCAUUGCACAGGAAAACUGUGCAUACAACUACAUUAAGUAAAUUCUGUCAGUUAAGUCAGGAAGUGAGUCUGUAAGCUGUGAUUGAGGUUUACAAUGUACAGUUGUUUUUUUUUACAUUUAAUUUUAACCAUAUUUUUUUCUUAAAAUAAGUCUGUUUUCCAGCUUGUCUAAUUGACUGCUUGUGUUCAACAAACAUACACAGCUGCAACUUAGAUGUAUUUGGGGCUGAAGCUUAUGUACUUCUUUGGUUUAUUUGAAGUGUCCAUGAAAUGAGGCUUUGAUAUUCGCUUAGCUGUUAACACCAGCUCUUUCCUGUCAUUAUUUUUAGUAUGUCAUUUGCUGUUUUUGUUAUAGUUUUAUCCAUGCAGAUAUACAUUGACAUUGUAUGUGUAGAUCAUUUUUCAAAGUACUAAAAUUGUUUCAUGUAAGUAACUCACAUUUCAACUGUUCUGUGGCUCCAGGCUCCCUGGUUAAUGGCAUCAACCGGUGUCAGUCCCUCCUGUCAGCUAGUCCAAGCUGGAGCUGGCACUCACGAACACACCCUCAACAGUGCUGCCCUGCUAGCAUCCAUCAUGACAAGGAUGACCCUGCCACCAAGAGACCAAGGCUGCAAGCACAGAGGAAGUUUGCCCAGUCGCCUCCAAGCUCUCCAGGACCACCAGUGUUGAUGACUUCAGCACGAAGUAACCACACCCACAACCUGGCUGUAGUCUCCUGUCUGACUAGACGUCGACCCAAGACUGAGGACUUCUUGUCUUUUCUCUGUUUGAGAGGCUCGGCAGCACUGCCCAGCAACAUGGCCUUCCUAGCGAGUGGACAAGCAAAAGAGCCAGGUGGCACUCAGCAUGUUACUUCCUGUCUUUCGACCAAUCACAGGACUGCUACUGAGGAGAAGAACAUGAGCAUUUUCAGUAGAGUAGCAAGAGUACAGCAAGACUCUAGAUCUCUGAGAGGGAGUGGAGGCUCUGCAGCGGUCAACUCCUUUUGCCCUCUAACCUCCCGGGCACAGAGGAGGAAGGAGAGGGAGAGGAGAGAGGAGGAACUGCAGAGGAUGAGGAAAGAGGGGAUGGAGGAAGACAGGAGAGAGGAAGCUGAGGGACACCUCCUGAGACCUAGCGAGCUCUCCCUACAGUUCAGGAGGACAAACAAGGUUGCCAUGGUGACAGGAUUCUCUGAACAAAGAACUUCCUAUGUCAGAUCCAUUCCUCCCGUAAAGCCUUGCACAGGGGUUGGCAGCAGACAAUCCCCCAGGCCUAGCAGUACCUGUAAAUUAGGCCAUCCCCAAAGCAGACCCCGGGAAAUUAACAACAAACACCUCUCCCGGCAUAGCAACCAAGAGCUGCCUCGCAGUCAGCACCUUCCUCCCCACCACCGGCCGGUCCCUAACUAUUGUAGCAACCCCAAGACCUUCAUUAGUCUCCAGAACUCAGGAAGAAAUUUAAUCAGGAGUCCAGCUCAAAUACCAUUGAAUAAUGGCUCUGUCAUCAGACAGCUAAGUGAAAACCCUGGAGUCCUAAGGUUGUCCAGAAGGAGGAGAGGCCUCCCACCAGACACCAGCCCUCUGAAUCGGGUUCCUUUGGACAACAACUCUUUAAACAAGUGCAGGACAUUGCAAUACAAUGAUGGUGAUGUCCUUUUGGAGAGUGACUGUCAUAUUGCUGAGAUUCCACAGACGGAAGCCGAUAGUGAGAAAGAUGUGAGAGCGGUGUAUGUUAACCACAUGGAUAAAAUCACUGGUAGUCAUGAUGAAGUAUUUAAACAAGACAAAUGUGGCCACAUUGGAGAGAUGACACUAGAGAGGGGCAGUUGUAUCAGCGAAGACCUACAGGACAAGGUAAAUGUCGGAAAGUUAAGUUUGGAGAGCAAUACCAACGUCAUCACAAACUAUGACCUCAGCCCUGUCAGUAAGGUCAUAUGCAGACAUGUGAGAGAAAAAAGGCUUCAGAGAAAGCAGUCUGCGUCAUCCACAAUCCCUAAGCCAAAUAUCAGGACUAAUGUUUCCAGGACUUUUGCAAGAGCUGCUACUGCUAGGACUACUGUAACUGAAGCUGAUAUCAGCUCAGUGACAUCUGCGCAUGUACACACUGACCAACCAGCAAAUUAUUCUGCCAAGCACACUGCUAAGGGUACUUACAAAGGUAAUAGUAAGAACAUUACCAAGUGUACUUCACCAGCCUGCAGUUACUCCAUCCACAAUUCCAAAGGUGCUGCAAAGGACUCUUCCAAGGGCACCACAGAGGACUUGAGUGCAACUGUCAGUAACAAUUGUAGCACUUCCAAGGGCUCCACAAAGGCCCUUACCCAAACCAAGUCGCCUACCUCAGCCAUUAAGACCAGGACCAGCCCUAGAAUCCUUCAGAAGCGCUAACAUUCACCUUCACCUACAGAUUCACUAUUUGCUAUAUUGAGAAUUAAUGUUGAAGUCAAGGCAUGAUGAUGGUUGCUGGCUGGUUGGAAAGUGACAUAGUGACUGUGUAAUGUAUGCUAAAUCUGUCCAUAAUUUGGGGAUUUUGUAUAGAAUUUGAAUUCUAUAUGUCAAAUAGAUAAUGGACAGUAUAGUGAUUUCAGAUGCUUCUCUUCUGAAUCUGAAAUUACAGCUUGAUAUUUUUGUAUUAUUAUAUCACAUUGAUGAGGUUUUAUCAAAGCACAUAGUUUAACUUCAGUCAGUAUGCUGAACAGUUUUCAGUAGCUUACCUAGAGAAAGAUGCCAUGGCCAAGGCAAGAUGCCAUUGCUCUGGAGUUUUUUGACAGCCAUGUUACUAUACCUAUUUACUGUCAUUUCAUUUUAACAGGAAUACUCUGUUCAACAAUCGAUUACAUAAAAGUCCUAGGGAUUUCUCACCUAGAAGCCUCACCAGAAUUAAAGUUAAAGAAUUAUAGUUUUUUCUUUCAUACUGAGUCUCCUGCCGGGACCCCUGUCUGCUUCUCCAAACUCACACUAAUGUCUGUUUACUGCAGGUUACACACUAUGUACACUAAGUACCUCAUACACCUGACUUAAAAAAAGCGAGUCUAAGUAAGACAAAUGAAGUGGAGAUUUUCCAAACUUGAAGCCAUUUUUAUUCAAGAUUCCUCCUUUCUGGUUACCUGGACAGUGCCCCCCCCUUAUUUUAACAGUAUGAACAGGAGAAAUGAUUACAGAUUUGUUCUAAUGUGCAUAUGGGCAUGUGAGUAUUGUUUUCAGAAAGACUUAAGAAAGAAAAAAAUGGAACCUAUACUCUAAGAAAUCAGUGGCAGGAAAGCACAUGGAAACAUUCUUCCAUUCUAUGCACACCUUCUCUGAACUAAAGCCACCAGAACCAUUUGUCUGUGUAAAACCAGCUGCACAGCCACCAGCCAAACUGAUCACUAGUGGUUGACUGAUAUGGGUGUUUCACUAGCUGAUGCCAAUGCCAAGAUUUUGAGAGCAAGGCUGCCAGUGGACAAUAUAUGAUGCUGAUAUCAAAACAAAGAAAAAUCAUGUGUAAUUUGAUUUUGUCCUAUAAGAAAUACAUGCAUAUGUUUACAGCAGGAUGCAUGAGAGUUAUAGUACAGGGCUUGACACCAGCUUUUUCCCCACCUUCCCAAAACUCACAAAGCGCUGACAGCCACACUGACAAAGCUGCCUACAGAUGUCUCUGAAGAAAUUUUUAGUCUAUCGACCUUGUUAGUGCAGACAUUGGCCAAUGCCAAUAAUCUCAAAAUACCAAAUAAUCGGCCAGAUUAAUCAUCCAACCAAUUCAUUGGUCUAGCACUAGUCUUCACCAGCCUGUGUAACAUCUACUGUAAUAUCUACUGGUCAAAAAGUGGUGGUGUUUUUAUUUACUGAUUUUAUUUAUUUUAUUUCCCCCUGCCACUGAAGCCUUUUAUGCCUGUACGCAAGUACCGAUAAGAAGUUUUUGUGUAUGCUUUACUAAACAUGAAAAAAAUAACAAAACGACAGACUUGGAGUGUAGCGGGAGUCGGUAUUGAUAUUUUACAUGCUUACCUCCAUGUGCAUCAAUUGAUUAACAUUUGUAGAAAUAUAAGGAUACUAGUAUGGGUUUAGGGCUGUACCGAAUGUGUUUUUUAUUUAUUUUUUACGUUUUCAAAUUCCUUCUGUGAUAUUUUAUGAUGUAAUCACCCUAAAAACAGAAAUUUCUGGAACAAAAUGCUCAAUUUGAAUAAAGUGAUUCACUGGA